AUGAACACCUCCAGAUGGGCACCGACUCCUCCUAUCCAAGCUUCAGCACAACCUCAAACAACCCUCGCAGAGCCUGCGCCGCCGGAGUCAUCGAGUAUUCCUACGCCAUAUGACGGCGCAAUGGAUUCAUACGACGACUACGGCGCGCAGACCCGCGCGGAGGACGACCUCUUCGACGACGACUUCACCCCAAUCCCCCAGCCCACCACGCAGCACAUCUCUGGGCCCUCGACUCCCUCACCACCUCGAACCAACUCUGGGCUCCGCGCCCGCGGCGGGCGAGGUCAACGUCGCGCCCAAGGCCCUCCACGCGCUUCUUCUCCCUCGAAACCCACCAGCCUGCCGGCCCACGAAACCGUCAGCCCCAAGCCUCCUAUAGCAGCCCCUAUAGCGCCAUCCACAGCACUCGACGACAAACCUAAACCAGCCACCCCCGCCGUCCGCGGCGACCGCACCGCAACCGGCGGCCUCCCCCGCACCAAACUCAGCGAAGCAGAACUCGCUGCCAAAAUGGCAGCCAUCAGCCUCAAAAACGCCUCUCUAACCGCCGCGCACGAGCGCGCAGAAGCGGAUCUCGCAACCUUCGAGAAGCGGGAGAAGGAAGCGAGCGAGCGGGCGGCGCAAGUCGCGCGCGUCGAGAAGAUAAAGCGGCGCGCGAUGGAAGGGGAGAGGGAGGCGAAUCGUAUGAGGAAGCUUAAGGCUGUUGGCGGGAGGGAGUGGGAUAUGGAGAAGGAGGAGGGGUUUGCGGGAUUGGGGCCGGAGAGGGCGAGAGGGGGUAGGGGAGGGCGGGGAGGGCGGGGAGGGGCUGAGGCACCUGCAGCGCUCGCCCAGGCGCCGCCGGUGCAUGUCAGGGAGGACGACCCGAUUAUGAGGUGGGACGAUGGCGGCUUGCCCUUUCGCGGCCGCGGCAGGGGUGGAUAUCCUAGCGACAGAGGUCGACCUGAGCGUGGCAGAGGCAGAGGUGGACGAGGUGCUGGAAGGGGAAUGGGCAGAGGAGAUGCACCGGCACUGUCACAAUCGAAGCAUGCGCCGCAAGUUCCACCCACACCGGCGCAAUUCCCAGAUCUGCCGGCGCCCAAGGCAAGGGCAGAAGCUCAGGAGGUGAAGCCGGCAACGAAGCUGGAGUUUCCAAUCAAGCAUACGCAGAAGCAGGUGGCAGGUGAGAAGGACGGAUCAAAGACGCCGCCCAGUGCGAAGAUGCCGCCCGAGGUCAACCCCGGCAAGGGCACGCAAUUCACGCCUAAGACUGCUGCAAACCAGGGCGCGACUGAAACGGCCCAAGGCAAGGACACCAAGAAGCCCAACACAUCCAGCUCGAAGAUCGCGCCGACAAACAAGCCACCCGCCCCGAAGAAGCGCGAGAGCUUUGGCCUGACAAGUCCGACUGCUGCCGGCGGAGAGAAGAAGAGCUGGGCUGAUCAGGUCGAGGGUGCGCUCUGA